AGAAACGGAUAGGUGACUUUACAACACUGUACACGAGACGAGACGAGACGAGACGACCGUGGCGUGUGUUCCGACACGCCUUUAUCGAACCAGUUUCAAUUUACAAACACAACACCCAAAAGACUUUUUGGUUCCAUCCUCUGCAUUUCUCUCUCUUCCACUUCACUCUCUCUACUUCUGCUUCUCUUUCGUCUUUAGCUNUUUUGUUUUUUUUUUUUUUUUUUUUUUUCUCUAUGGCCGAAUCCCUAGAACCCGACACUGUGUUAGAGCCGGUGAGUUUGAACCCUGACUCGGAUCUCUCCAAUGGCCGAGCCGAAAUCGACACUUCAGCGCCUUUCGAGUCUGUGAGAGAAGCAGCCACUCGAUUCGGCGGUUUCGGUUUCUGGAGACCUAACAAAGUCCCAGAAGCUUCUCAGGAAAAUGUGGAAGAAACUGAUAUCAUUGAACUCAAAGCACAAGCUGCUGAGCUACAGAACGAUCUGAUUUUGAAAGAAAGCGAGACACUUGAGGUGUUGAAGGAGCUUGAGGCGACUAAAGCUACUGUUUUAAAGCUCAGCUCAAAGCUGGAGCAGAGGAAUGAAGCUUAUGAGGAGGAUACAUUGAGAGAAGAAGUUCACGGUCAUAGCAAGCCAGCGGGUCUGGUACUGAAGGAUUUAAAUCAGGCAAAGAUGAAUUUGUGCAAGAUUGCAAGUAUACGCGAAUCUGUGGAGCAGCUGAAGAAGAAACUGAAUGAGGAGAGGGCUGCACUUGAGAAGACACGUGAGAGACUUAUGCAGAAGUCUCUCAAGGUGAUUUCUUUAGAGGAAGAGGAAGUGAGAGUUCGAUUUGGAAAGGAGGGGGAAACCAGCGAGAAAGAUCUUGAGAAUAAUGCGUUGGGAAUGUUGAAUGAGGUUCAAAGACUGAGCGGUGAAGCUCAAGAGGUCAAGGAAACAGGAGAGAAUGCACAGUCUGAAGUUGUGAAAGCAAUGGCUGAGAUUGAAUGCACGAGAGACAAGAUUAGAACAGCUAAGAUAAGGUUGGUGGCUGCAAGAAAGAUGAAGGAAGCGGCAAGAGCUGCUGAGGCGGUUGCAAUCGCAGAGAUUGAGGCUGUUACUGGAUGUAAAAACGCUGAAAAAGCCAAGGCUGUAACUAUCUCUACUGAAGAGUAUGAUGUGCUUGCUCGUAGUGUUAGAGAUGCAGAGGAAGAGGCGAGGAAGCGAGUGGAAGAUGCAAUGUCGAGAGUUGAAGAAGCGAAUGUUUCAAAGACGGAUGUUCUUAAGAAAGUAGACGAAGCGGCUCAAGAAAUUGAAACCAGCAAGAGGGCAUUGGAGGAAGCAGUGGAGAGAGUUGACGCUGCAAAUGCUUCAAAGAUGGAAGCAGAAGAGGCGCUGCGAAACUGGCGGUCAUCAGAGAAUGGACAGAGGAGAAGAUUAUCUUCUUCGGUGAACAACACUUCCAAGUUCAAGAGCAAAAGAGAGACAACGCGUCUGAUGGAUGUAAACGGUCUGAAUCUGGCAUACGAUGCUUUUGAAGGGUCAUCAUCAUCUUCGUCAGUUCCUGUCUUGAAGCCAACAAUGUCAAUUGGGCAAAUACUCAGCAAGAAGCUACUUCUUGCAGAGGAUUCAGAUAUGAAUGUUGCUAGCGAGAGAAAGAAAAUGUCCUUGGGUCAGAUGCUGGCAAAGAAUAGCAGUAGUGAUAAAAUUGUAAGCAAGAGGAGUGAUGGGAAAGAGAAUGGAAAAUGGUCGGCGACUCGAAAGAGAAAGAGCUUCGGAUUUGCUAAGAUCUCUGUGUUGUUGAACAAAGACAGCAAGAAUAAGAAGAAGAAGAAAAAGAUAGCUUUGAACUUGAGGUGAUAGAAUGAUUCAGUGUUUUUUAGUGCAAGGAAAAAAGUGAAUCAAGUGUUUAUCAUUAUGCUAAUCUCAGCUAUCUAAUCCCAGGACGUACGACCAUAUAUAUUAGCCUUGAUAGAGAAGAUGAGGUGUGGAAAUUUUCAGCCAUUUAAGUUCUAUUAUUACAGAGGUCUCUUUUAUAUCCUGAGAGCUUACAUAAGAGGCAUAGAACAAUUAGUUAAGAAGUAAUCUUAAAAGUGUAGAGUCUUGGUCAAAUGAGCUUGGAGUCUUUUUCUAACGGUAUGACUUUGGUGCGUUUACUAAACAUUGAAAUUGUUGGAAAUUUUGUAUA